GUACCACUAUAUUGUAUCUACCCGUAUUAAUUAUGUUACAGCCCAACACUGCAAUAAUUUGAAGAUGGCUGAAGAGCAGAAGGAGGAAGAGGAAGUCGCCAUCCAUGGAGAUGUCUUAGAAACAAUUUUGUCUUACGUGCCUCUCACCCAUCUUCUCCCAGCCUGCUUCGUCUCCAAGACCUGGAACGCCGCCGUUUCCUCCUCCCUUAGUCGCUUCAACAAGCCCAAACCAUGGCUCCUGGUCCACACUCAGAGCAUCCGCCGCCCACACGCUACCGCUUUCUUCGCUUACGAUCCCCGCUCCGACAUCUGGCUCCAAAUCAACAAAAAGCAGCCCCCUCAACACGUUUCACCCCUACGUUCUUCCAAUUCCACCCUCCUCCACGUCCUUCACCCUUCCAACUUCUACUUCUCCAUUGACCCUUUCCAUCUGACGUGGCACCGCGUGAACCCACCCGCAGUCUGGCGACUCGAUCCCAUCGUCGCUAUGGUUGGUCCCCGUAUCGUCGUCGCCGGCGGAGCUUGCGACUUCGAGGACGACCCUUUGGCGGUCGAAAUCUACGACAUCAGCACUCGUACGUGGGAAAGGACCGAGUCCAUGCCUGCCACACUUAAAGACUCAGCUUCCUCAACGUGGCUUUCCAUUGCUGCUAAUACUAGAACGGUUUUCAUGAUGGAGCAGGCAUCCGGAGUCACCCACAGUUUUAAUCCCGAUUCGAAGACCUGGUACGGACCCUUCGAUCUCCGUCCGGAUCGGAGCAUUUACUUUUCGGUGAUAACUUGUGUUGGGGACAACUUGAUUAUGCUGGGUCUGCUUGGACAUGCCGAGGAUGUAAACUAUGUAAAAGUGUGGGAACUAAACGGGGAGUCGUUAGAGUUUGGAAAAGAAAUCGGGGUGAUGCCGACGGAGUUGGUGGAGAAGCUGAAAGGAGAGGGAACAAGCUUGAAUUCAAUAAGAGUAAGUUGUAUGGGUGGUUUUUUCUAUAUAUAUAAUCCUGGGGAGCCUGGGGAAUUGGUAGCGUUGGAAGUUGGGGAAGAAGGGUGGUGUCGGUGGGGAAGUUUGAAGAAUGCGGCGGUGAGUGAUCGGAGCAGAGUGGCAGAAAGGGUGGUGCUUACGUGCUCAGACGUGGGGUUGGGUGAAAUAGCUAAAUUGGUGGGGUCGGGUAAUGGAAUAUUCACCCUCCUUAAACGUUAAUUAGUGGGAUUUACUUAAUAUUUUAUCCUUGUUCACGGCUUUAUUUGAUGCGUGUCUGUGUGUGCUUAAUUUGAUGUGUAUUUUUUUCCCGUAUUUGGGCAGUACAUAAUCCAUAUUAAACCUGGAUGAGAACGCCCUAUUCUAUUUUGA